AUGAUGUUCCUGCAUCAUUCAAGAAAUUCAAGAAACCUGUCUUUUCUUUGGGUUGAGCAGAGUCGGUCACCUCAGCCUCUUCAAAUACAGAUGAAAUGCAUAAGGGGUCUCAAGAACAAGGCUCCCCAAGGCUCCUACUUCCUCAAAGUGUCCCUGCUUGGUCGACCAGGUGGCCGUGUCUUGCCGUGGUGCCUGACGGAGCAGCUGAAGACCAGAACACACCCAGUGAGGCAUGAUGGAAAUUUUUAUGAUGUGGGGCUGUAUUUCCACGAAAGCCUUUAUGUGGUACUCCCGUCUAAGAAGGAUGUGAAACCUGGUGCCGCUUUCUUGUUUGAACUCAUUCUCCUUCGUGGGAAAUAUGCUCGUCUCCACCAAGUUGUGGGCUGGACAACUUUCCCUUUGUAUGAUAGCAAUUUGGAUGUAGUGGAGGGAAAAUUCAAGUGUCCACUUCUCCGAGGACAUUAUGACCAGAAACUCGACAACUUCAGGAAAAUUGAAGAUUUGAUUUGCUUGGACCUGGACCACUGGCUGUGCAAUCUCUACUUUCAGGUAAUUAAACUUCCUCUACAUUUGGAUGAUCAAGAAAACCAUGAAAGGUGUAUUCAGCUUCCCCCUGAAUUUCCAGUUUGUUUAAUGGCUGAAGCAGAGAAAGCAGAAUCAGGUGUCGAUAACACAGCUGGCCUUUCAGAGAAAGAAACAGAGAAAAACAUUUGUGCCUCAAGGGGUGAUGAAGCUAAAUCCUCAUCACUCUCAUCUCAAGGAAGCAUUUCUAAUAAAAUUGGUCCCUGCCCUAUGGACCGUGAUCUCAGUCUCUCAAAAGAAGACCUUGAAUUACACAAUAAUUUAAUUUCAUUUCAUUCUGUGAAGGAAAAAUCAACUGCUUGGAAAACUGGAGAAAUUGAAGAUUAUUCUCAGGAUACAUCUUAUUUGGAGGAACUGGAGAAACACAGAUUUUCAGUUUGCUGUUCUUCAGUAGCUGAUAGUACUGGAUCUGGAGAAUUCUUCAAGCAUCUCUAUUUUGUGCUGGCGUCAGUGUUUUCAGAACUUCAGUUCGCUCAAUGGCAAAGCCAGGGCUUCUGGUACAUUAUCUUGCUGACGGCUUCUCUCUGGUUCCUGAGGCUCUACCUGCAUUACCUCAGCCAGUGGCUUUUCCUCCAGGCCAUUUCAAUUCCUGUUACAAAAUUCCAUUUUUCCCCCCUCACGGUUGAGCUCUGCUACCCAAGCUCUUUACUUCGCAUCGGAGAAGAGUUGCUUGUUGUUGUGAUGGGGCCUUUAAUGCUGAACGCAGUGGUACUUCCCUUGGUUCUGAUCAGAUGGGGCUGUCAGGUACUGUUUGCCUUCUGCCCUGAUGUCCUGUCAAAGUUAAUCAUCACCAUGGGACUAUGGACAGUUCUGGACCCACUGGCAGUGUUUAUUGUGGAUACUAUCCUGGGGCGGCUUUCACAUGACGGGGAGGCUCCUGUAGCUGAUGCAGCAAAGCUGUACUGGAUGUUUGAAAAAACCACGCAAUCAGGAAUCCUUGGUGUGGUGCUCACGGUGCUACUUUACGUGCUCCUGUUCAUCAUUUCAUCUUUGAUUUUAUAUUUGUAUUGUCUCAGAUUGCACAAUGAUUCCUGGAUAUUAGACGCAUUUCAGCGCAUCCACAGUGAAGAAACCAAGUUUUUUAUACCAUAUGAUUUGGAGAUUUCCAAUCAGGAGCUAAGCUAUAUAGUAAAAAGAUCUGAGCAAUGGAGAGGACUCAAUGGUGAGAGAAGGAAGGUGAGUUGGUUUGAAGUAGAUUUGUGUUUUGACUGCACGAAAGAAGCUCAUUCCGUUAGCAUAUCUGUCAGCUGUUAAAUUUUCUCACAUUGUUUUUUGAAGCCAUUUACUAUUGUAUUUGAUCACCACCACUGUACAAAUCUUGCCGCUCAAUUGUAUGUUUAUUUUUUUAUUAGUCGAGAUGAGGAGACAUGACCAGAUGGUACUUAUAGUUCAGCACUCUUAUUUUCUUAUAAAAAUAUUUAUUGAUACCUGCC